GAUGUCUAAUUACGGUAACAAGGGUCCUGCUUCAACGAAUUCUACUAAAAAAUCAGACUGGUUCUCGUAUCUUUAUAGUGAAGAUAUCGAUAUUAAUGCAGAUGGUCAGGGUUUUAACUACCGUUAUUUCAUUAAGAAUAUUGAUAAUGCUUUCAAACAAGCAAUUGAUCAAAAGAAGAGCCAUUGCCGUUUAAAGAAAGUUGUUUUUACUUUUGUUCCAGAACAAGAUGUUGAUUAUCGAACAUUAACAUAUUAUGGCCGUGAUAAUGAGGUACCUAAAGACAAGAAUAAAUUGAAUGCUUUUAAAAUGUGUUUUGAAUAUAAGAAUGGUGGAAUCUCUCAGCGUAAAGUUCUUGUCGAAAAUGAUUUUAGAAGAAGUAGUAGUCCUUGUAAUCAAGAAAGAACUUACGUUUUAUAUAGUACCUCUGACAAUUUUGAGGAAGGAAAG